AUGUUUCGCAUUUCAACAUUUGCGAAAUCUUUAAACUUUAUCACUACCACCACCUCAUCAAACAUACCAAAAAAAACUCUCUUUGCGGUCACUCAAAUUCGAACUGUCACUUGGCAUCCUCCAAAGAAACCGAGAAAGAAGGCUGCAUUGUUGCUACAUGGAGCAAAAAAAGAGACAGAACCAGCAAAUCCGCCCGGAGAAGAUGUAGAACUUAGUGCAGAGUUAAUUGACAAUCCGUUCAGUUUGGUGGUCAACGGACAGCAAACAAGACUACAAAUCGUCUUCAACAACAAAGGACAAGAAAACUACACGGUCAGAUUAGUGGCGGGAGUAUUAACGAAUCCUGAUAACGCUACUGAUAUUUUUACCAAACUACCAACCAUACAAUACGACUACCCCGUUCCAACAAUGGACCAUGUGGAGCUAGAGUACAGAUUUCAUUCGGAAUUCAAUCCGCAGGAUUUGGAUUUGAUUGUUUUUGUGGCUUUUACUGAUGAUAAAAAUACUCGGUUUGAAGGUGUUGCAUACAAUUCUACAAUUCAUAUUGUUGAACCAGAACAAUCUAUUUUCGAUUUACAAUUACUUUUCUUAUACUUGAUCCUAGCCGGCAUCAUUGGUGGUGUUGGUUACAUGAUCUUCCAAGCAUUCUUUGGCGGAGUGAAAUCAAAGAAAAAUCAAAAGAAUCGCAAUCAAAAAAUAGCUGAAAAACAAGCAGCACAAGCAGCCAUCGAAUUAAAGACCUACGAUGAAAGUUGGAUCCCAGAGCAUCAUUUGAAAAAACCGACUCGUAGUGCUUCAAAAAAAAUGAAGAAGGACGAUAAAGCAGAUUAA